AUGAAUUCUCAUCACUUAAGCACUCCUGAAAAGAAAGCAAUAGAAUCUAUCCUUACCGAAGCAGAGCAUGGUUAUUCACCAGAAGAUCGAAUUGAAGAAGCUGUUCGAAUUCUGGAUAUAGAAUCUCGUAAAAUUUGGGAUGAUUGGGAUGAUUCGAUAGCAUUAUCCAUAGUUCCUGUUAACAAUGCAGAUCCAAAUAAUGAUAUAAGUGAAUUUAUUCAAAAAUCUCGCCAGAUAAUAGAUCAAAACUCGAAAGAUGAAGAAUCUUUUAAUUCUCGUGAUGUUAGAUCAUUUAAAACAACGCGAAUAUCAAACACGACAAAUUAUGAUUCUGAUUCAAAUAAUGAAUUGUUUAAUCGAAGUCCACCACAAAAUUCAUAUUCUAAGCGUAAAAUAGAAAAUAUUAGAAAUACAAUAGCAUUAAAUUCACACAAAGAAUCACAAGUUAAAGAAUUUCCAAUAGACAUGAAUUCGUACAAACAACAAUCAAUAAAAAUUGAUAAAUCAAAAUCCCAAAUUUCAAGAAAUCGUACUUCUAAGACAAGUUUAUCACCGCCAAAAGCAGUAUCUAAUAAUAGAAAGCCAUAUCAAAAUGUUCAUGAAUAUAAUGAGUAUAAAAAACUUCGAAGAGAAAAUAUGGAAUAUCUAAAUGAAAUUAAACUUUUAGAAAAUACUUUAAUGAAGCUGAAUACUGAAAAUGACAAUUUGAAAUCAAGUAUCAAUUCAAUGAAAAUUGAGCGAGCAAAGCAGAAGGCAAAGAUUUCAUAUCUUCAGACAGAAAAUAAAUAA